ACAUCUGUCCAUUGGCAUGGCAUUUACCAGCGUAACUCGAACUGGAUGGAUGGGGUGUCGGGCGUGACAGAAUGCCCGAUUCCUCCCGGGGAGGAGAAAACGUAUACCUGGCGAGGCACCCAGUACGGAACUUCAUGGUAUCAUAGUGCGUACUGGAAAGAAAGAGUAAUUAUGGCAUAA